AUGAUUACAACGAGCAGCGACGCGGGUCGGGGCUGGCAGCACACACAUACGAAGGCCUACGGCAGAUGGAGCAGACAUCAGCGACCUAGCGCACGCGAGCGGUUCACACAGACGGGGAUGAAUCCAUACGCGACCCUGCACUACAUCAACCGCGAGCUGAUGGAGCUGGGGCUGCCAAGCCCGUUGCUUCUGCCGGAGCUGCCCGAGUGUCUAGAGGACAACCAAGCGCGUGGUAGAGUGUCCUGCUGGCGCUGGUGGAGAAGCGCAAGGCAGAUGCAGUCGUUCCGGGAGCACACAGAGGACGCAAUGCGGGUGGCGAUGGGCGAAGAGGACUCGCUGCGGGCGACGAUCGGGCGGCUGGAGCGCGAGCUGGAGCAGGCGCAGCGCGCAGCGGCCAUGGCGAAUGCGCUGGCGACGGAGCUGCGUGUGACUAGGGCAAAUGCCGCCAGCACCAAGACGCAGUAUGUGCAUGAAGCGAAAAAACGCGAGCUGGAGGCUGGGAAGCUGAAGGAGCGGAUGCAAAAGCUGCUUGUCGACAAGCACCGGUCGGCAAAAGUCAUGUUUAUCCUGGCCAACGAUGUGGUGCGGGACCGCAGCGGGCGGCCGGUGGACGCGGCGACGCAUGAGCAGCUGAUGCUGGAGGAUCUGGUGGGCAAGUACGAGUCGAACGAGCAGCAGCUGGUGAAGCGCAUUGUCAGGCUAGGAGGAGACGCUGCGGCAGCUGGGCGGCACGCUGGGCAAGCUGCAAUGCAGCGGUGCUGGAGGACGAGGACGAAGGACGAGGCGGUGCAGGUGGUGGUGGAGCGCGAUGGCAGCGUCGACAUGGCGCCGUUCGUGGCCAUGUUCGAGUCCAUCCGUAAGGCCGUGUCCGACGAGCGCCGGCGCCAGCAGGAACUAUCGGCUGCUGAUCCGGCAGAGCUCGUGCAGCGCGACAUGCGCAUCCGCGAGCUUGAGGCCGAGAUGCAGGCUCUGAACCAGGAGAUCGACAGACCAGCGGCGGAUCAUGGCCGAGCAGAAGAAGGUCAUGGAGAUGGCUGGCCGGUUUGGAGCGACAGACGCCCUGAACGCAUCGUUCUCCGGCAUGUCGCUGGAAGAGCUGGAGAUGGAGCGCAGCGCAUUGCGACAGGAAAAGGAGAUGCUGGAGGAGAAGCGCCGCCAGUUCACCGAGGCACCUCCAACGACGGCACCCCGACCAAUGCCCUGCUGUCCAGCCCUCGCAUUGCCAGCAAUGGAUCGCCAGCUCAGCCCGCAGCGCCGCUGACUUCCAGCGACAUGGAUGUCGAUGAUGAGCAGCAGGCAAUGCGAGCAGGCGUCAAGCGCAGCGCCGCCAGAGCCCGGCACGCCGAGUAG